AUGACUGUGAAGCAACUGCGAGACUCCGUAAAUGUGGGAUAUUCACAAAAAUCGGUAUCAGUACGAGUUGCCUCUGCUGGUGCGGACUCAUGGGCAGCGAUCAUCUGUAGCGGUCAGUCCAUGAAGGGAUUGCAAUAUCAAAGUGCUUCAUCCACUGAGGAGGAAUCGAAAUUGCCCAAUCCGGCAUUCACCAAUAUAGCUCCGUGUCCCUGUGAUCUGACCGCGACUAUCUGCGAUAUUGGCUGUUGCUGCGAUCCAAUAUGUCCGGCAAACCAACCCGCCCCUUGUCUUCCAGGUCCCUAUGGUGGUGGAUCCAGUCCCAUGGAUGUGUUUAACUGUAGUGCUCACGCAAAUCUGUUUAAUACCACUACACUCUCGUUGCAACAGUACGCCGGGCCAAAUGGGACCCUACUCAAUCCGAUUCGUCUUGCUGACAUGCACACGUUGUUCUGUAUCAAUAAGGAUAACAAUGCUGCUCUGGGUUACUACUAUCCUAGCUUAGGUUUGGUACGUAAUCAAACGUCAUGGGAUACCAAUCUGCAGUUGCGUGGAUCGCCAAAUCGUCUGAUUUCGCCCAAAGAUGAUGGCACUCGUGGUACUGUCUCAUCAACUUGGAACUAUCGGUAUGGGGAUGCGCUUCGUCUCAUCACAGAAGUGGUCACCCUGAUCGGCACGAGCUCAAUUACACUUGCUGAUGGUCCGGAAAAACCAAUCCUGGUUUUACCGAACCCGAAAGACUGUCUCCGUUCUGAAGGGAUGGCUGCCUCAAUCGGUAUUCCAGACAAUCAGAUUGUACUGAGUUGGAAAAGGCCUUUCAAGAAGGUAGGUCGCGGUCCACUUACUCCUGAAUCACGUCUUUUGGGUAAGGCAUAUCUUGUCAGUGAAGAAGUGGCUGCCCGACUUCCUCCCCCGGUUUAUGAGUUAUUGGCUAAUGGCUUUUCAAAUAAUACUCGAACGCGCAUCAAGGUGAACUACUACUGUCUGUCUGAGACUGAAAUAAAUUACUUCAAGCAGUCAAAAAAUACCGAUGAGGCGAGUGCUUCGCAGCUCGGAUUCUUCAAUCAACAGUGCCGUUUCGACCCAGCAGCUAAUAUGACCGCGUGCAGUUCAUCUUCCACAACCACAACCUACCCGGAACCAAUCCAACCGAAAGACUGUUUGUGGGAUGACGGUUUCACACUCGCUCCCGAUGUCAGUCUUUCGGGUGAGAUCUGCACCAAUGUGGUCUUACGCGCAGAUUAUCGGUAUGCGAACAUUGUUGCUUAUCAUGCGCUAAACUCAAUUUACAAGCUUGAAGGAAGCAUACCCCGCGCUGAAGUCGACAUUUAUCUGGGUGCUGUCAAUGCCAGUGUCGAGGAGACGUAUUACCAGACAUUCUCUGUCGAUUUCAUCUACAACUCGUUGCAGUUGACAGAUCUAGCUGUUGGUCGUGCUCGUCAGUCAUCAGGGGUUUAUGGUUAUGACGUGGGUUCCCAACUAAUCACUGGAACAACCCAUGUAUCGUCCACUUCCGGUACAUUUUCUGUGACUGUGGACAGUCCCCAAACGCCUGGAAUUGCAACUAUUCAACCGGGUUUAGCCGGAAUGUGUGGAAAUGCGAAACACAGAGCUGUGCACUUCCGUGAAGCUGUUGUCGGAACUUGCCGGGUCAACCUAGGUUUGAGUGAUUUUAACGACUGUACAAUGUUGAGGAGCCUCAUCAAAGCUCAACUUGAUCAAUACAUGUCAUCCAAUGUGAUUGCGGUUUACGGGAGUCCAUCAAGUUCAGCUUCCUCGGACUGGGUUUAUAUUCAACGUGAGCAAAUCAGCUUAUCUCUCGCUGCUACCGGUCGCUCAAGUUCAAUGAGCAUUCUCAACCGUACUGAUGAAGUGUUGAUUCAAGGAUUGUGCGAACAGAUUCCGUAUGCAGCACGAUUAGAUGUUUUUUAUGCCGAACAAGGUAAAGCGGCUGGGCAACCGAUUCUCCAAAUUAUCGGCGCACAAAUCAGGUAUGAGUAUGAGGACUGGCAGUUAUCGUGCGGUUCCAGUGAUCAUGCCUCCGUUUGUCGUCCAUCACUAUCAUCCUCGUCACUUGAUGCUGCUAUUCUGGCUUCACAAGCGUUCUAUAUUCAAACCAAAGUGACUUUUACUCAAGUCCCUUCCGACUGGACAAGCCAAAUUGUCAAUGCAGCAAACUUUUCUCGUAGACAUGCAGAACGUGUUGCAAGCACUCGAGCUUGCCCAUACGAUGCAUGUUGGCGUGAGGCAUUUUACGCGUGGACCACAUUCCCACAACUGUUCGGUUCGGACUUCCGAGUANCAUAUCAAGUCGCGAUAAGUUUGGGACUAGGUGGUCUGGCAUUCUGCAUGCUCGUGUUCACCAGGCCGUUCUUUUAG